AUGAGCGAAGACUUGGACGACGAUGUCGUGACGACCGCGCCCACGCCGCCCCCUUCCGCCCACUCUCUUCACCCGCAUCUCCUCUCUAUUUUGACCACUGGAAACUUUGCAUCGCUCUCUCCUGCCGUCGCAACGGCUGGUUCAAAUGACGCUCGGAAGACCCUCUUGACUCCUGUUUUACCUCUUUUCACCCGUCUCCAGAGCUCCCGACGCGCCGCCGCUACGCCGCAAACACUUCCCAAGCCCACACCACUGGACGCGACGCUGCUGUACGUCGAAAAUGCGUCGACAUGGCGUCAAUAUGCCCGAGUGGUUGUCGACCUGACUCCUGCUACGCUUCAGUCAGCUACAAAUACCGACUCUCAGCCCGCGUUUCGCCGCUUUGAGAGUGGAUCAGCAGUCGAUCGAGUCCUGAUUGUGCUGUGUGAGUGGCUGCUCGCAGCUCCUGGCAGUUUGGAGUCCAGCGAACUCUUUUUGAACGAGAUUUACCAGGACGAAGUGGUGGCUAUCGUAGUGCAGGCACUAGCUAGUCCCACGCUGCAAGCACUACAGCAGUCUAUUGCUGAUCCAUUCGGUGCUCUUUCGGUCGCCCGGAAGGCCCUGGCCGUGCCGAUAGGUCCCGUGAUGCUAUCGAGACUAGCUGUCAAUGAUUCUUCUGAGGUCGAGACGCUCAUGGAUGCCGUCAUCGCGGUCAUGGUGGAGACGACAACGGGAAACAAGACCAUUGCACAACAGGAGCAAGACGCGCUGAGCACGACGCCGUUGGUGCUAAAAGUGCGCGACGUGCUUGUAUCGAGCGGGCCAAGCUGA